AUGUCUGAAUUAUCUCCAAAUCAUGAAAAUGCAAACCACGGAGAGGAGGGUUUUGAUGUAUUUCAUUACUCUGACGAUGAAGAACAUGAACAUGACGGUGAUGUAGAGGAACAAAAGGAAUCAUCAUCACCUUCAAACUUGAUCAAAAACAAUCAGAGACCUCCCUCAAAUAAGAGUUCCAAAAUUCUUCCUCAAUUCUCAUCCCGACCACAAACCAAUUCUCAAGUAACGUAUAUGGAAAAGUUUGAAGUUGAAAAAAGCGACUACAACAAUGAGAAUGUACCUGUUGAUGAUCGAGUGAGGUUACUUGUAAAUAAUCAAAAGAAUAACCAACCAGCUUCUUCAGCAAUGAAUGAAUCGUUCGGAGAGUCCUUUGAUGAUUCUUUUCAUGAAGACAAAGAUGAGAUUGAAGAAGAGGAAAAGCCAAAUGUAGCAAGUGUAGAUACUUCGGUACAUGCUUCGGAUAGUCAGCAAGUUCAAGAUCUGAAAAAGAGAAUCAAGCACGAUGAGAAAGUCAUUGCUAAACUUAAAAAGUCAAAUCAAAAUUUAAAAGAACAACUGUUCCAAUUGAAUCAAAUUGUGGAUGAACAACUCAUACAAAAAGGAGUGGACGUUCCUAAACCAAAACCAACUGUGAAGACCGUUCUUGUGGGAAAUGAACAAGAGCUCAAAGUUCUUCGAAAGCAACAUGAAAUUGACAAGAAAACCAUUGAGAGAUUGCAAAAACAAUUAUUUAAUGAAGGAAACCCAGAAAGAAUUAAAUCUUUGGAGAAUAAGGUUAAAGAAUUAAAACAACAGUUAGAUGAAGUGAGAGAGGAAAAUAAGAGCUUAAAGGUCAUACAACGAGAACAAAGUAAGGCUUUGGAAAAUACAGGAGUUCAAGAUAAGGCAAUGGACCUCAUGAAGAACGAAUCCAAAUUUCUCAAUGCCAAAAUUGAAAAGCUGAGAGAGAAAUGCAAGGAGUUAGAAGAACUCGUCAAUCAAAAGAACAAAAUGCUAUCCGUUUAUGAACAAAAAGCGAAAAACCUUGAUACCAUUUUACGAAGAAAGAAUUUAAGCGAAGAUGGAGUUGCAAAGAUCGAUGAACUCUCCAAACAAGUGGAAGAGUUAAAUCAAACCAACGAUAAACUGUCCAAAGAGGUUGUCGUUUUGAAGAGAGCAAGAGAAACCAUUGAAAAGAAGGCCAAAAUGAUUGCCUAUCAAUCGAAACAAGAUGUGAAAAAGUUUUCUCAAGAAAAUUCAGAGUUGCGAAAUGCUUUGGAAAAGAGAGACAAGGACAUUAGAAGUCUCAACAUGACCCUUAAACAAAACAAAUUGGAGCAAUACAUGAUUAAUGUGAGUCCAAUUCCAACACCAACCAAUAGCUCCUCCUCUUCCUCAACAGCAGAUUCCAACUUGUUUUCAGCAACGCCCAACACUGUGUCGAAUGCUCCAGGAAGCUCUUCGUCCUCCAACAACACGAACAACAAGAAGAGCGCUGUGAGUAGUCCAAGUCAUCCACCAAAACAACCAAUCACCAAACCUUCAGCAACAAAGGCAAACACUACCAACACGACCACCAUACAAGAACACAAGAAGGGUGUUACCAAGAAGAAUAACAUCCAAACAUUAGGAGAAAACCGAAAAGUACCAAGUCCACAACCAAUAACCACGCAAUCCUCCAACGAUAUCAGGCAGGAACAGUCCAAUCCAACAACAGUCGAGGAAGAUGUUGGUGAUGAUCUCGAUGAUUUUGAUGAUUUUGAAAAUGAAAUGGAGGAUACAGACCAGCAAGCCGUCAUUGAACAGGACACAAAACUCAAUGAAGAUGCUAAUAUCUUCGCUCCUUCUUUUUAA